AUGUGUCAAGUGCUUGCUUCGGCUGCAAUGGCUGCCGCAAAUGCCCAAAGCGGCUAUGUAUCAAUUCCGCUCAAUGUGCCCGCUGAUUGUAGUGGGUUGGGAGCCGGGGACAAUGACUCUGAUUUGGGUAGCGGAACUGGUAGUUGGCAUUUAGUCCUUCCAAAACGACGAUCUCAUCCCUCCGCUACAGAGCAUCAGAUGUACAGUUCAACGGUUACUCCGACGAACAAUUUGCCAACUGGAUCUAGUCCCGCGUCUCGUUCAAAUACCAGCACAAAUGCGACUCGCAGAUCCGUCAAACCAUGUACAGUAGACCAGGGGAUCCAGGAACAACAGCAGCAACAUUCUACUAACGAUGAGGAUGAUUUCCUGGAAGUUCGAUCAGAUUUCGAUGCUGGCGAAUCGGAUGAAUUGGACGCCGAUGCUGAUGUUGAAGAAGAAGAGGAUGGAGUGCCAACAGCUGCUGCCGAUGAUGACAUAAUUGAUUGUCCUGAUCAUGGCGAUAGCAAUGAGAAGAUCGAAGGUCCAGCAGCGAAAAGUGAGGUCUCCCUAAUCGAUGAGGAUGAUGGAGAAGUUGAGGAGGAUGAUGGAGACGACACCACAUUGUCUCGUGAUCUGCGUAAACUGGAUGAGGAAUCCUCUUCAUCAUUGCUGUAG